GGAACCUUACGGCUAAAAAGGAAACAUUACUAUGGAGAGCACGGAGCGUCGCUCUCAGCAUGGUCAGUGAUGGGAGCAUGAUCCACAGGCAGGUUUUAUUCUCUCAGAACCUGUACCAGGGCAGGUUUCUGACUGCUAUGUCCUCGCCAUCCCGGAGCUCCCAGAGCCAGCGGCGGUGUAAGAACAGGGCACGAUAUAGCCUCACAGCUGAACAAUGCCCCCCAAUCGAACCCAGCAACCCUUUAACCCUGCCACGAUCAUCUAGUGACCCAGACCUAGUGUCUAGCCACAGCCGCUCCACCCUCACAGUCAAUGCCUCGACCUACAGCAUCGGACAGCCGCAGGACAUCCUCAUCUGCUGGGACAUCAAAGAGGAAGUAGACCCCGGGGACUGGAUCGGCAUGUACCUGAUCGAUGAGGUUCUGUCAGAGAACUUCUUGGAUUACAAGAACCGUGGGGUAAAUGGGUCCCAUAAAGGGCAGAUUGUUUGGAAGAUUGAUGCCAGCUCUUACUUUAUGGAGUCUGAGACCAAGAUUUGUUUCAAGUAUUAUCAUGGAGUGAGCGGAGCACUGAGAGCCACCACCCCCUGUGUAACAGUCAGAAACCCUUCAGCUAUUGUCUUGAAGCCUGUGAUGACUCAGGAUGUCACUCAGAGUCUCGGCAGCAGGAGGCUCAUCAGCUUCUCCCUGUCAGACAUCCAGGCAGUGGGUCUGAAGAAGGGGAUGUUCUUCAAUCCUGAUCCAUAUUUGAAGAUCGCCAUCCACCCUGGAAAGCACAGCAUCUUCCCUGCUCUCCCCCACCAUGGUCAAGAGAAGAGAUCCAGCAUCAUCUGCAACACCAUAAACCCCGUCUGGAAGAGAGAGAGAUUUAACUUUGUCUCUCUGCCAACGGACGUUUUGGAGAUUGAGGUGAAAGACAAAUUUGCCAAGAGCAGACCCAUCAUCAAACGCUUUUUGGGCAAAUUGUCCGUGCCUGUGCAACGGCUUCUGGAGAAGCAUGCUAUUGGAGACCGUGUGAUUAGUUAUGCUCUAGGUCGCAGGCUGCCAACAGAUCAUGUUAGUGGACAGCUGCAGUUUCGCUUCGAGAUAACAUCUUCUAUUCAUCCAGAUGAUGAGGAAGUGUCUGUUAAUGCAGAGGCUGAGACCCCUGACCAGCAGGAAGCAGAGGAGCUGAAUAUCGACCCACCAGUUGCUGCUGACUUGGAUGCAAAGGAUGAAGAUCUAAAUGAGCUCAAUGAGAAUAUCUCGCUGGAUGUAGAGGCACAGAAUCCUUUGCUGCUAUCUUCCACUAAACCUAUUUCUCCUGCUCAUAUUGUCUCUAGCACAGAGGAACUGGAGGAAACUGAACAUCUAGAGGAGGCACUGAAAGAUAAAGAGAACAGUCCAUCUGAGGAUUUGUCAUGCACAGUUCAGCUCACUGAACAACUGGAGCAGAGCCUUGAGGAACCAACUCAGGAGCUUGGAGAGGUACAUUGUGAUUUGGAUGCAGAAGUUACAGUGGAAGUUGUGGAAGCUCAUAGAGAUGAAGCUGCAACUGAUAUAGGCACAGGAGAUGAGGAGAUGGAUGAAGAAGCUAUUAGGGUAAGGACAGAAGAGGUUGAAGAUACUACAGAGUUGCAAGGAGCUACAGGAUCAGUGCAGACAGGAGUAAGAGAGGAGGAAGAAAGUGAGAGUGUAGAACCAUGUUCUCCAAGGACAGCAUGUAUAAUGAAGCGAAAAGCCAUGAAGCGCCGCCCCUGCUCGCUGCCUGUCUCUGAACUAGAGACAGUCAUUGCCUCUUCUUGCACAGAACCUGAGACGCCACGAUCACACUACAUACGUAUACACCACCUCCUGCAUAGCCUUCCUUCUGCCCAGCAUAGCUCUUGUAGCCAAGAUGAUGGGGACACAAUAGAUUCUUCUGAGGAUGUCAGUCUAAAACCUGUGGAGUACGAAAAGGAGGUAGCUGAUGAGACGGAGGAAGGGUCAAGCGAGACUCGAUCUCCAUCAAUAGUCCCAGAGUGUCUUGGACCUUGCUGUAGACGGAUUCUGCCUCCGAGCCUCUCCAUCGAACGGCUGUCUGAGCUCAACCAGCUUUUGGAGGGUGAGACUCGUUCACGUCUUGAGAGCAUGGAUGGCGAGACCGAAAGUGGAGGCCAACGUGUUCACAGGGAGAGUGAGUGUGAACUGUGUGACAACUCCUGCUAUAGCACCUCAUGCUACAGUACAUCCUGUUACAGCACAUCCUGUUACAGCAACUCAGGCCACGAUGGACGAAAUCGCAUCUGCAGCCACACACGCCUGUCAUCUGUGGACAGCACACGUUUGUCAGAGAGCACCGUAUUUUCUUCGCAGGAGGACGAGGAGGAGAACAGUGCCUUUGAGUCAGUAACAGACUCAGGACAGAGUCCAGAAUCAAGGGAGUUGGGAGACAUUUCCAGCCAGUGGAUGGAGGAUCAAAUUGAGGGUGGUCACUCUCAGUCUCCAGUAGCUGGACCCAGUGUUGGUUCACCAGGAGCUAGUCACCGACCAAUCAGUCAGCUUCCUGCUAUGCGGGGCACCUCCCACCAUUACCCCAGUGUCGAUGAAUCAUUGCCAACAAACUGGGAGGCCAGGAUAGACAGCCAUGGUCGUGUCUUCUACGUUGACCAUGUGAAUCGCACCACCACAUGGCAAAGACCCGGCCAUGCCACAAAAUGUCCCAGCUUGCAGCGCUCAAAUUCCAUCCAGCACAUGGAGCAACUCAACAGGAGGUAUCAGAACCACCAGAGGACCAUGGCUACUGAGGAUGAGCUGGGAGGCCAAAGGCUGGAUAGCAGCAGCAGCACAGAGACAGAGAAUGACGUCCCAGCUCAGCCUGCUGAUCCAAGGAGAGAAGGCUCAUCCAUUGCCCCACCAGUGAGCAGUCAGAUGAUCACACUGCUUCUGCAAAGCCCAGCAGUCAAGUUUGUUACUCAUCCAGAAUUUUUCACAGUCCUCCAUGGCAAUUAUGGGGCAUACCGGAUGUUCACCAACAGCACCUGCCUAAAGCACAUGAUUCUGAAAAUCCGCCGGGACGCUCGCAACUUUGAACGCUACCAACAUAACCGCGACCUUGUCACAUUCCUUAACAAGUUUGCAGACACACAGCUGGAGCUGCCACGAGGCUGGGAGAUCAAAGUAGAUCCACAGGGCAAGUCAUUUUAUGUGGACCACAACAGCCGAGCCACCACCUUUAUCGACCCCAGAAUACCCUUUCAGAAUGGAGGUUUGCCUAAUCACCUCACACAUAGGCAACACUUACAGAGACUACGCAGCUACAGUGCUGGAGAGGCAUCCGAUGUGUCCCGCAGCCGAGGUGCGUCUCUCUUGGCCAGGCCUAGCAACAGCCUUGUAGCAGCUAUCAGGAGCCAGUACCAGAAUGACUCAGUGCCCUUAGCAUAUAAUGAAAAGAUUGUGGCUUUUCUACGCCAGCCGAACAUUCUGGAACUGCUCCAGGAAAGGCAGCCUAGUUUGGCCCGCAAUCACACACUCAGGGAGAAGAUCCAUUACAUCAGGACAGAGGGGCCACAGGGGGUGGAGAAGCUGUCUUGUGACGCAGACCUGGUUAUGUUGUUAAGUUUGUUUGAAGACGAGAUCAUGUCAUACAUCCCGGCUCAUCCAUUCCAUCCUGGCCUCAACUUCUCCCCGAGAUGCUCUCCUGGAUCCUCACCCCAGAAUUCACCAGGACCACAAAGAGCCAGAGCACCUGCUCCAUAUCGCAGGGACUUUGAAGCCAAACUGCGCAAUUUUUACAGGAAGCUUGAAGCCAAGGGCUAUGGCCAAGGGCCAGGAAAAAUCAAGCUGAUCAUCAGAAGAGAGCACCUGCUUGAAGGCACCUUUAAUCAUGUGAUGGCAUAUUCACGCAAGGAGCUCCAGAGGAAUAAACUCUACAUCACGUUUGUGGGAGAGGAAGGACUGGACUACAGUGGGCCUUCGAGGGAGUUUUUCUUCCUGCUGUCUCAGGAGCUCUUUAACCCAUACUAUGGUCUGUUUGAGUACUCAGCCAACGAUACCUACACCGUCCAGAUCAGCCCCAUGUCUGCCUUCGUAGAGAACCAUUUAGAAUGGUUCCGCUUCAGUGGACGUAUUUUGGGCCUGGCACUGAUUCAUCAGUUCCUACUGGAUGCAUUCUUCACCAGGCCCUUCUACAAGGCUCUCCUCCGACUAGCGACCGAUCUGAGCGAUUUAGAGUACUUGGAUGAAGAGUUCCACCAGAGCCUACAGUGGAUGAAAGAUAAUGAUAUUACAGACAUUCUGGAUCUGACCUUCACUGUAAAUGAGGAGGUCUUUGGACAGGUAACAGAGAGGGAGCUGAAGUCAGGAGGAUCCAACAUUCAGGUUACAGAGAAGAACAAGAAGGAGUACAUUGAGAGGAUGGCUAAGUGGAGGGUGGAGAGAGGAGUGGUGCAGCAGACAGAAGCGUUGGUUCGGGGUUUCUAUGAGGUGGUAGAUUCCCGUCUGGUGUCGGUUUUUGAUGCUCGGGAGCUGGAGCUGGUCAUUGCAGGAACGGCAGAAAUUGACCUGAAUGACUGGAGGUCCAACACAGAGUAUAGAGGAGGCUACCAUGACGGACACAUCGUGAUUCGGUGGUUUUGGGCGGUGGUGGAGCACUUUAAUAACGAGCAGAGGCUACGGUUGCUGCAGUUUGUGACAGGCACAUCCAGCGUGCCAUAUGAGGGCUUUGCAGCCCUGCGUGGGAGCAACGGCCCACGCCACUUCUGCAUCGAGAAAUGGGGCAAGAUCACGUCUCUACCCAGGGCUCACACAUGCUUUAACCGCCUGGAUUUGCCCUCGUACCCUUCGUACACUAUGUUGUAUGAGAAACUGCUGAUCGCCGUCGAGGAGACAAGCACUUUUGGUCUGGAGUGACCGAUCCAUUGACAGUGAAGAGACUAUAUUUUGUAAAGAUACUGUACUUUGAUUUACAGUCACUAUAUCUUCAAGAAACUGCUAUUUUUUAAUUGAAAUUCAUUCAAGCUUUCCUUUGUGAUUUUUUUUUGUGUUUAACUGAAAGUGCAUGAAAUGUACGUAAUGGAAAUAUUGUACAUUAUUAUUAUGGGGAUGAGGGAGGGAAAUUCACUAUUAGUGUAUAGAGAAAACCUGCAUCCAGCCUACCAGGUAGUAUAUCUGACUGAAUUCUCGUGCUAAUGUUAUUGUUACUAAGGAGGAGUUUUUUGACCUUAUCUUGCUGAUAUGCUGUUAUUGUGCAUGAAGGAUAAAGCUCACCUGACCAAUGGCCUACAUACUGUAAGAGGAUAUGACGUCUACUAGCAUUACCUACUGUAAGUUAAAAAUUACCAUUUAACCUCUGAGUGAAAAUUAUUGUCUCUGAGAAAAUGGGAGGAUGUAUACACAUAAUCACUGUGAUAAAAUAACAUCCAGAGCUCAGGUUCUAUCAAUAACACCUCUUCAGUGACCUGUUCAGCCAGAUGUGAUAUUAUAUUAGAAUGAUAUUAUCAUUAGCUCAACAAAGCUGAAUUAUAUCACAGGGUCUUAUAAUGGCAUGAUAAGAAUAUGGAAGACAGUAUUACACUCUCACACAAUCACACACACUUAAAGAUAACUAGGCUACUGC